AUGCCAGCUCUCGAGCUCACUGACCCCAGCGUCAUCCCAGAAAUAGCCAAGGGUGUUCGCUCCACGUUCCUCACACACAAGACGAGAUCCAUCGAAUUCAGGCUGGUCCAGCUGCGGAAACUGUAUUGGGGCAUGAAAGAUAAUGCCAACGCCAUCGAAGCGGCCUGCAAGCUCGAUCUAGGCAAAGGAAUUUACGAGUCCAACCUUUCGGAGCUUAACUUUUGUACGAGCACACUUAUAUAUGAUAUCAACAAUCUGGAAAAAUGGGCCAGGGAUGAAAGUUCACCGGAUGUGCCAAUUGAUAUGAUGGUACUGCGGCCGAAGAUUAGGAAGGAUCCUCUGGGGACGGUGCUGAUCCUUGGACCCUACAACUUCCCAGUCAAUCUCUUGAUCUGCCCGUUGGCCGGUGCAAUUGCAGCAGGAAACACUGCUGUCGUCAAGCCCAGCGAGAACGCACCUAACGUCGCCGCUGUCAUGCAGAAGGUGAUCGAAGGCUAUUUGGACCAAUCCUGCUACCGAGUCGUUCAAGGGGCUAUCCCGCAGAGCACGGCAUUACUGGAGCAAAAGUGGGACAAGAUUUUCUACACAGGCGGAGCCUCGGUAGGCACCAUCAUUGCCAAGAAGGCCGCGGAGACCCUCACACCCGUCAUCCUCGAGCUUGGUGCCCGUAAUCCAGCUAUUGUGACGAAGAAUGCCGAUAUACGAUUAGCGGCGAGAAGGCUUCUCUGGGGUAAAGUGCAUAACGCAGGGCAGGUCUGUAUAUCGCAGAAUUACACAUUGGUUGAUAAAGAAGUGUUUGACCGCUUCGUCCUGGAGACGAAGAAAGCAAUGAAAGAGUACUACCCGAAUGGCACGCGCAACACGGAAGACUUCGGCCGCAUAGUCAACAACAGGCAAUGGCAGCGUAUAAAGAAAAUGCUUGACGAUAGUCAAGGUCAGAUACUGAUGGGCGGUGACAUGGACGAGAGCGAUCGAUACAUCGAACCGACUAUCAUCCGAGUCUCGUCCCUGACGGACAGCUUGAUUACCGAAGAGUCUUUUGGCCCUCUCAUGCCUUUAUUGCCCGUCUCCAACCUCGACGAGGCGAUCCGCAUCGCAAACGAAGUCCACGCAACGCCUCUUGCGAUGUAUCCCUUUGGUAACAAGACGGAAACGGAUCGCUGUCUAGCAGAAAUCCGAUCUGGUGGUGCGUCUGUGAAUGACGGCUUUAUGCAUGGUUCUCUUCCCACCCUUGCUUUUGGUGGUAUUGGAGACUCGGGCCACGGCGCGUACAGGGGCAAAGCGAGUUUUGAUUGUUUCAGCCACGCCAGGACCAUCACCAGUACACCAGGGUGGGUCGAAUUCUUGAUGGCGGUGAGGUAUCCGCCUUAUGAGGGAAAGAUGAAGAUGAUACGGCGGAUGGAGCUCAAGCCGGACUUCGAUCGGGAGGGACGGGUGAAGUUCAGUCUGGCAAGGUACAUAGUGGGCCUGGGCGCGACGAGUAAAACCGGAGGAUUGGUUCGCUACUUAGUAGUAAUACUAGCGGCGUUGGGUCUGAAGCAGUUCUUUAUGUUGUGA